AUGGAACUCCAGGCGCUUGCUAAGAAGAGGGAGCAGGCUGACUUGUGUGGAAUAGUGGACUGGAGCCCAGGAGGACAUCCCGAAGACCAGGAAGAUGGAGCAGCAACCAGGACCCCCCUCUACUGUCAGAGACAGUGCACGUCAACACCCAUAGCAGCCGAGAUGGAAGGGUCAAAACGGAGCCUUUCCCCUGCGUCCCCUUCCUCCUCUUCGCAGGGUGGUGGUGUUCAGCCAGACUCCUUCCCUCCAGGACCUGUCAACGCUGAGAACAGCCAAAUAGAAUGUAAAGUUUGCAACUGCUGCAGUCAGGAACUGGAAACUUCUUUCACAUACAUGGACGAGAAUGUUAACCUGGAGCCCUGGAACCGGAGCUCUCCUACGACCAAAGGAAAUAAUCACCCUGAAACUCUGGGCUGGGGAAAUCCAAACGAGUGGCCCCAUGAGUCUGCCAUGUCCUUGAUAUCCGAAGAUGAAGACGACACAAGUUCAGAAGCCACGUCUUCGGGGAAGUCAGUGGACUAUGGUUUCAUCAGCGCCAUCUUGUUCUUGGUCACUGGGAUCCUGCUGGUGAUCAUUUCCUACGUGGUCCCCCGGGAUGUGACUGUGGAUCCCAACACGGUGGCCGCCCGGGAGAUGGAGCGUCUGGAGAAGGAGAGUGCGAGGCUGGGCGCCCACCUGGACCGCUGUGUCAUCGCUGGCCUCUGCCUCCUCACGCUCGGGGGUGUCGUGCUGUCCUGCCUGCUCAUGAUGUCCAUGUGGAAGGGAGAACUCUAUCGCCGAAACCGAUUUGCCUCCUCCAAAGAAUCUGCCAAACUCUAUGGGUCUUUCAACUUCAGGAUGAAAAGCAGCGCUAAUGAAAACACCCUGGAACUGUCCUUGGUAGAGGAGGAUGCUCUUGUAGUCCAGGGUUAA